AUGCUAAGGGUUUCGUCCACGAACGCGCUCGUCAUCCCGCCGUUCGAGUGCGCGUGGCUCAACAGCGACGAAGACAACCUCAAGGAGGACAGCGGCUGUAUUGAGUUUGAAGCGCGAGGCCUGAACGAUGUGACGGUCAUGCUGAAGGACCAGCCAGGGUCGCGUCGGUGGCAGGACUUGUCGCUUUCGGCGAGCACGUCUGCGCCUGGAGCAGACGCCCGCGUGCGCUCCCACGACGCCGGCCCGCCGGCCGCGCGCCCGCGCCAGGCCGAGCAGUCGUACGUGGUCAUCAUCGGAAGCCACCGCAACCGCAAGGUCAAGAUCGAGCGCAACGGCGCGGAAAUGUGCACGCACCGGGUGACGCCUGACGUGAGCCCCACCAAGACGGGGUGGCGCAAGUUCUGGGUCGACGUGGCGCACGGAACCAUCACAGUCGGCGCAGGGCACCCCGGCACGCACGUCCUCUGCCAGUGGAGCGACCCAGAGCCCGUCCAGGGCUUGCGCUAUGUCGGACUCGCUACGUGGGACGCGCACGUCGCGUACCGCAAAGUGACCGUCGGGCCGUCGAUCAACGCCCUCCUCGCCGACGGCCGCGAGGGCCGCGCGCCCCCCUCCGCGCUGCAGCUGCGCCCGGACGGCGCCGCCCCCCCCCCGCACGUGCCGAGCCUGUUUUCCCUCGCCGCCGCCGCUGUCGCGCGCGGCCUCGCGCCGGACAGCGCCUGCCUCGUGGCCGCACUCGCGGAGGCCAUGGGGCACGUCGCGCAGCCCCUGAUCGCCGCGUGCGUGGACGUGAUGGCCCGCGACCUCCCCGCGUGCAUCUCUGCGGACCCCGCGGCCUUUGCCGCGCUGCCGUGCGGGGCGCUCUGCGACGUGAUCUCGCACCCGGCGCUCGACCUCCCCGAGCUCGCGGUGUUCGACGCCGUGCAGAUGUGGGCCGCGGGGUGCGGCCGCCACACCCCCCUCAACACACCCCCCCUCCGCCCCAUGCCCGAGAUCGAGGCCGCGAUGCGGCUCGUGCGCUUCCCGAUGAUGUCCGAGGACGAGCUCGGCGACAUCGCGGCCCGCCCCAUCACGCGCCACGUCCCCCUCCUGCAACGCCUCCUCGCCGAGGCCGUCUGGUCGACGCGGGAAGCGCUCAUCGAGUCCGGGGCGGCGCGGUCGAGCAGCGGGCCGUGCAGCGCGCGCACGUCCCUGGACAGCCUCGACGGCGCGCUGCCGCAGGACGGCGCGCCGCUGCCCCGGCGGGCGUUCGAGGUGGAGGGCAAGCGCCUGGUGCGGCACGGCGCCGACCCGGCGGCGCAGCUGCGGCACCAGCGGCGCGUGGCGGGGCGCGCGGUGGAGCUGAUGUACGUGCACGACGGCGACGGGUGCGGGCUGUUCGCGCACGUGAGCACCAACGGCGGGACGGAGCCGUGGGUGAACCCGGUGACGACGGGGCGCUUGGCGGUGACCGCGAGCUCGCCGGCGACGCGGUUCACGCGCGUGAACGACUUCGCGACGGGCAAGCUGCUGAAGAACUCGUACGCGGGGCCGCGGAUCGUGAAGACCGAGACGGGGAGGUUCAUGGAGGCCUGGUGGGCAGUGGACUUGGGCCCAAGCGCGCGGCUGCUGUGCAACUACUACACGCUGCGCCACGACGGCUCGGACGUGUUUCUGCGCAACUGGGAGCUGCAGGGCUCGGAGGACGGGGUCGCGUGGACCACGCUGCGGCUGCACGCGGGCGACGGGACGUUGCGCGAGCGCGGCCAGCGGGCGUCCUGGCCGGUGUCGGUGCCGGCGGGGGAGUGCAGGCCGCUGCGGCACUUCAGAGUGUGCAUGCGCGCGCAGGCGCAGGACGGCUCGCUGGGACCAGGGAACAUGGAGUUGCACCUCAGUCAUAUGGAGCUGUAUGGGUAUCUGCUGAGCUGA